UUCUCAAUGACUUCAUUUGAGAUGCAAGAAUAAUACUCAAUAUAGGAUUCACUCCUAUCUGAUGUUUCUUCAAUGUCUAUCGAGUAAAGAUCAAGAAGCCGUACUCUUAAUAAAACUGUGAAAUGGAAACUUGAAUAAUUUCAUGAAAAAAAUGUGAUGCAAGAAGAAUAAGACAAAAUAUAACGAGUCUUUAAAAUAUACGAUGAUAAUCUUAAUGAUGAACAUGGCCAAAAUGAUAACAAUAUUUUUGAAGAAUAUUUAUCUUGGCUUCCAGUAAUUCUUCCAAAACGAGUCUGGCCUUGGAAGAUCUUUGUAGCUAUUACUACUCUCUUUGUCUUUUUUGAAGUACCUAUCUAUGUUAUGUAUGGCUCAGACUUUUGGACAGUAUCUAUUUCUAAAUUAUAAUAGGAACUUAUAAGUCCUGCAGGACGAUAUGCAUUAUUUUAUGGAAUUUUUAUCAUUCUUCUAACAGACAUGCUUCUUGACUUUGUAACCUCAUACUAUAAGCAUGGAAAUCUUGUUUUAGAUAAAAGAAAGAUAGCCAUGCAUUAUUUUUAUGGAUAUUUUGUGUUUGAUUGCGUCGCCGUAUUUAUUUAUUCAAUCAAAAUAGCUAUUUGUUUGUGUUAUAAGAUUAGCUGUUGAUACUGAUCAUUUACGAUUCAUUUUCUUCAUGUUUUAUUUUAAAUUACCUUCCUUACUUAGAAUUGAUCACCAAAUUGCAGAAUUAAUAUUACUCCAUAAAAGACUAAGAACAUUUUAUCAAAUAGCAAAAAUGUUAAUUUUUAUGUUCUUCUGUUUCAACUUUUAUUGUUGUAUUUGGUAUAUGUUAGGAAUUUAUGGUGAUAAUAUACAUAUUAAUACGUGGUUAAAUGUACCUGGUAAUUUUGGUAUAAUAAAAGACAAAACAAUUCAUGAAAUAUACUUUUACUCUUUUUAUUUUAGCUUAAAUGUACUGUCCACUACUAUGGGUUUUGGUGAUAUUGUAAAUAUAAUAUAUCAAUUAAUAGUCUCCUAUGAACAUUUAUGAAUGCGCUUUCGCACUUCUUGGAGUAAUGUUUGCUGUAGUAGUUUUUGCUUUGAAUAUUAAUAAUUUUUAAAAGAUGAUGGAAGAAUACAAUUCCUAUUAUAUGCAAAGAUUUAAAUAGAAAGUACUAUCUUGAUUAUAAAAUAUAAGGUUUCAAUUAAUAAAUUUAUGGAAUAAAAAAAUGUACCUUCAGAAUUAAGAGAACGUAUAAGAUAAUAUAUAAAUGAACAUUGGGCAGAAGAAGGAAGUAGAGAUCAGGAAAGUGAAUAAUAAGUAUUUGAGAUAUUAGCACCUGAAUUGAAAUAAGAAUUAAUGUAUUAAUCUCUAGGAUAGUUUCUCUAAAAAACUAUGUUUGCAAAUUAUUUUUCUAAACCUUUUCUCAAAGAAUUAGCAUAGAAGAUUAGAGAAUAAUCUUUUUCAUAAGGAGAUGAAAUCAUAGGUGCAGGAUCUACAGAACAAACAGAUGAUUUAAGCAUCUUUUAUAUUGUUGGAGGCUCAGUUAUUGUAAAACCAGGAAAUAGUGAAAUAAUUAAGAAGAAACUAGGAGUUUAUAGUUAUUUUGGAGAAUGGUCAUUCUUUACAGGUUAUUAUUGUUAACAAUAUAAUUUUAGGUUUCCCAAGAACUGGUACAGUAAAUGCUCGAGAAUACUCAUAAGUUUAUGCAAUUACUAGAGCUGACUUUUUGGAAACAUUAAAAAAAUUUCCUGAAGAUUAUGAAACGUAUUGUUAAAUAAGAGAUAAAUUAUUAUUCACUAAAGAAUACAAUUUAGUAGAAUAAUAAUGUUAUACAUGUAAUUCAACUGAACAUUAUGCUGAUAAAUGUCCAAAAACACAUUACAUACCAUUAGUACAAGAAUUGAUUGAAGAAUCAACAAUUUUAGAUUUGAAAUAGGAUAGGGUUAAAAUUUAGAGAUUUGAUAGAAAAUAAUGGGCUACAAGAGCAAAUGCAACAACUCUAAUUAAAGGUUUAAACAAUAACAAAUUAAAGAAAAAGGCCAAUCUUAUGCUUAAAACUUAAAGAGCUCUAAAGAAAAAUACAAUUAAAAUUGAUAAGCCUUAAAUACCUUAAUGGUAGGUAAAAGAAUUCAAGAGUAUUGAUGAUGAAUAAUCAGCGAAUCCUAUGAUAGAUGAAAUGACAGAGAGUUAAAACUUAAAUGUAUAACCACCAGAAAAUGAAAUUCCUUAAAGAGAAUAAUCAAGUUAAAAGCUGAAGAGUUUUGCAAUUUAAACUUUAACUUAAUCUUCUAUGCAGCAAUCAUCUUUUAUAGGUUCAAAAGUUGCUGAAAAUACUAAUGAAUCUCAAAAAAGAGAGAAUGUGAUGGCUGAAUACUAAAAGAUAAUACAACCAACUAUUAAGACUGGAGUGGAAUAAUUUGAUGCUCCUGCUAAUUACAAGAAUUAUUAUAGAAAAUAUAAUAGCAAUAAUUAUUAAGAAUUUAAAAAUGUUAAAAUCAUUUAAAAAGAUAAAAUAUAGAACAUGAGACAGUCUAUUGUGUUUAGAUGA